AAAAGAAAGAAAGAAAUGAAAAGAAAGCCAGGUGUGAUAGUAAUGCCAGUGUGUAAGAGACUGAGGCAAUUGUAGCACAAGUUCCAGGCCAGCUUGGGCCAUACCGUAGUAGUAUUUUUCAAAACAAACACAAAAUCCAAUGAACCCUGCUUGAGUCUACUUCUCAAAACUUACUGUUCUGUGAUCUGAGCAGGCUGCCUACGUUCUUUAAAAUGAAAGUAGCUAGACCUCAAAUACCUCGUUAGUGCAAGAUAAGAUGAUAGUAUGUGAAGGGGUAUGAAUAGUGAACAUCCUAUAGUCAGCAGCUGCUGUCAUUGACAAGGAGAACAGAGUGGUGGUCUGACCUCUGAUACUUCAGGAGGUAGAGAAUCUCACAGUUCAUCAGUAUUGAGACUUUAUAAUUUUCAUCAGUAUUGAGACUUUAUAAUUUUUCAGUACUGAGAACACCAUUUCACAAUAAGUACCUAGUGAAAAAUGCAAAAGUAUAUGUAGGGUCAUUUCAAAAACUAUUGGAAAUUUUGUCAUAAUUUCAAGGUGAAAUUUGUGUAAUGAUUUUUUUUAAUGAAACUCAAACACAGUUUAGAGAUUUUUGUUUCUUUGUUUGUUGGGAGGGUCGAGACAGUAUUUCUCAGUGGAGAGUCUGUUUUUUGCAGUCUGGCAUUCUAAAGUUUACUAACAAUCCAGAGAUGCAAUAACUUGAUACUUAGAUGCUGAGGCAUGAUAGUCAGGUAACACUCUUCCCCCACCCCCUAUAGAGCUUCUCUGUGUAACUGGCUGCCCUGGAACUCUGUAGACCAGGCUGACCUCGACCUCAGAGAUUCACCUGUCUCUGCCUCCUGAGUGCUGAGAUUAAAGGUGUCUGCCACCUCUACCUGGCAGGAAAACACUCUAAUCAUGUUGUCCUUGACUAAACCACUGUUUCUGUUAAAGCAGAGAUCAUCGUGUGCAUCUCUACAGCACUGCAGUUUAUAAUACGGAGUGAUCACACAUCAGGUGCAUUGGUGAUGCAGGCACUACAUUCACUGUGUAGUGCUCGUGCUAUGAAUCCAGACCAUGGCUGCCGUGAAGCCCUGCCCCACAACACCUCAGAUCCCCCACAAGUCUACAGGAACUACCUUUUGCAACUGUGUUGAGAAAUGCUUUGUUGUUGCCAUUUGUCAUGCCCUUCCUUCACAAUCAGUUAGGUGACCCUGCAUGGGCUGGGCCAUAUUCCCACUAAGAUAUUAGCAUUGAUGUGUCAUCUGUGGGACAUUUCCAUUGCCACAGGUAUUCCUCAGGUACCCUUUUUGUAGCAAUGUUACCUGCUUCCCCUCACCUUAGCACUGCAAGUCUGUUCUCCAUGUCUCUAAAUUUCAUGGCUAUUAUAUCAAAGGACUCACACAGCAUCAAACUUUUGGUGGCCUGCCACUUUCACUGAGCAUAAUUCACUCUUGUAUCUUCUGUCUACAAUAGAUUGUUCUGUUCUGUUUUGUCCUGGAAACAGUCUCACUGUAGACCAGGCUGGCCUUACACUCACAUCCCCCACCACCACCACCACCCCGACCACCUUAGCCUUUGGAGAGUUGAGAUUAGUGUGUUUGCCAUCAUGGCCAGCAAUGGUUCAUCUCUCCCAGUGGACUAAGUGGUUCAUACCAUACCCUAACUAUUCAACAACUAAAGGAUAGCUGGGUUGUUUCUGGUAAAACCACUAUAAUAAUAUACAGUUUUGUGUAAAAGUACAUUUUCAUUUAUUGGAAUAAAUGUAUUAGAGUAGCCAUUGGGUUAUAUGUGGUCUCCAGGCCAUCUGUACCAUCUCCCUAGUUCACCAGGAGCAUGAGCCAGUUCCUCUACAUACUCAACCCCCUCCACCCCGCCCCCACCCCCCUUGAGUGUGCUGACACUGUUUCUGUUGGGGUGGGGGCUGGCACUACACUACACUGUCUGUCCACUUUCCAUCUGUCUUUCCCCUCUGGUGACCUCUUCAAGUAUGUCUCACUUUAUUUCAUGCUGGUGACUUUCAAGUUCUUUCUGUACGAUGCAAGUACAGACCUUCUAAGGAGCUGCCUGCCUGUCCAUCCUCUUAGCAGAAUUGUUUCUGGAGCCAACACUUGUAAUUUCACCAAGUCUGACUUUACCACUUUCUCCUUUUGUAGAUCCCUAAGUUUGGGUUUUUUUUUUUUUUCCUAAAAUUCUUAUAGUUGUGUGUUUUAUACUUAAGCCCGUGGUGCCUUUUUAAAUUUGUGUUUGAAAGUGUGAGAUUUGCCUCUGGAGGUCCAGCCUGUCCAGCUCUGUGCUGUGGUUCUGCUGCCCCUGGAACAUCCACCUGCUUCUCUCAGUGCUUGAGCUCCAUGUCUAGGCUCUGUUGAAGUAAUGUCCGUCUCUUCUAAUACGAGUCUUGAAUUCUGUGCCACUCUCACAUCUUGGGCUUGAGUCAAGGGACCGACUUCCCCACUUUUUUUGUUCAUUUCUAAAAAGCGUGGUCUACUUCUUUUGCCUUCCACACAUCUUUACUUCUUUUGCCUUUCCACACAUUUUCCAACAAUUUUGUCUGUCUACAAAAAGAAAUCUUGCUGAGGAUUUGGGACUCAGCAGUUUGUGUUUUCCACAUAUAACCCCUACACAUUCUGUUAGAUUUAGUUGUGUAUUUCAUUAUUUGGAUUGUAGUGGUUGUGUGUGUUUCAUUUCCAUGUUCAUUCCUAGUAUAUGGAAUUACAGUUAGAGAUUGGGUAUAUAUAUAUGUCCAAAUAUAUAUACAUAUCCAAAUUCCUUACUAGUUACAGGAGCUAUUGUAUAAAUUGCCUGGAUUCUGUACACUAUAGAUUUGCUUCUGCCUUUCCUGGCUGUAGACUUUUAUUUCCGUCUUGUUUUGGUUUUCUACCUCCCACUCUGGGUGCUGCAGGAGGGAAAGGGUGCAACCUUUUCUUGCUCUAGUUUCAGAGAAAACAAUGCUGUUCCCCGGGGUGGGCUUUCCUGGUGUGCUUAAGAAAAAAGAACCAUCUAGGGAUUUCAAGAACCUGGCAGGUCCGGCUGCUUCUCACAGUAAACAGAUCGGGUCCCAAGGACUAUGGUUCACUGACUGAGUAAUGGAAAGCACAGAAUUUCAAAUUUUUUAAAAAAUGGAUUUGACCAACCAUGGACUUAUUCUACUGCAGCAGUUAAACGCUCAGCGAGAGUUUGGUUUCCUGUGUGACUGCACGGUUGCAAUCGGCGAUGUGUACUUCAAGGCACACAAAUCAGUUCUUGCUUCAUUCUCCAAUUACUUUAAGAUGUUGUUUGUCCAUCAGACCAGAGAUACGUAUUUCAUUUUGCUCCGGAUACUGUAGAACUUCUUUUAGUGAAGAUGGUCUGAGGAGAGCUCCCCACUUCUUCACUAUUGCUGUUUGGUCGGGAAGUGACACCAGUCUGAAAGGUAGACAGCCAGCUGGCUCUCUGUGUAGUGAAUGUGUUCGUCUGAAACCCACUGACAUACAGCCUGACAUAUUCAGCUAUCUGCUCCACCUGAUGUACACCGGGAAGAUGGCCCCACAGCUGAUCGACCCUGUGCGGUUGGAGCAAGGGAUCAAAUUCCUACACGCAUACCCCCUCAUCCAGGAAGCCAGCCUCGCCAGCCAAGGUACCUUUUCCCAUCCUGAGCAAGUCUUCCCGCUGGCCUCGUCAUUGUAUGGCAUUCAAAUCGCAGACCACCAGCUGAGACAAGCCACCAAGAUGAAUUUAGGGCCUGAGAAACUUGGGCGGGAGCCAAGGCCUCAGGCAUCCAGGAUGAACCAAGAGCCAGUGCCAGAGACCUCGCAACUGUCCCAGCUGACUACAAACCUGGCACAGGUGAAUCGAACGAACAUGACUCCCGCGGACCCCCUGCAGACCUCGCUGUCACCCGAACUUGUCUCCACGCCUGUUCCUCCCCCUCCUCCUGGGGAGGAGACCAACCUCGAGGCCUCUUCCUCAGACGAGCAGCCAUCUUCCCUCACGAUCGCCCACGUGAAGCCAAGCAUCAUGAAGAGGAACGGAAGCUUCCCUAAGUACUAUGCCUGCCACCUCUGUGGCCGGCGCUUCACGCUGCGUAGCAGCCUGCGAGAGCACCUGCAGAUCCACACCGGGGUGCCCUUCACUGCCGGCCCACCCGGGGAAGGCCGCGGGCCACUGUCGCUCUGCAACAAUGCAGCUGACCUGGGCAAGGAUGCACUGGAAGUGCCCGAGGGAGGCAUGAUCAGCGACAGCGAGCUGCAGCACAUCUCCGACUCCCCCAUCAUCGAUGGGCAGCAACAGUCGGAGACACCACCGCCCUCGGACAUUGCAGACAUUGACAACCUGGAGCAGGCGGACCAGGAGAGGGAAGUGAAGAGGCGCAAGUACGAGUGCACCAUCUGUGGCCGCAAGUUCAUCCAGAAAAGCCACUGGCGCGAACACAUGUACAUUCACACGGGCAAACCCUUCAAGUGCAGCACCUGUGACAAGAGCUUCUGCAGGGCCAAUCAGGCCGCGCGCCACGUGUGCCUCAACCAGAGCAUCGACACGUACACCAUGGUGGACAAGCAGACGCUGGAGCUCUGCACCUUCGAGGAAGGCAGCCAGAUGGACAACAUGCUGGUGCAGGCCAAUAAACCCUACAAAUGCAACCUGUGUGAUAAGACGUUCUCCACCCCCAACGAGGUGGUCAAACACUCCUGCCAGAACCAGAACUCAGACGUGUUUGCCCUGGACGAGGGCCGCUCCGUCCUCCUGGGCAGUGGGGACUCGGAAGUAACGGAAUCUGACCGUCCUGUGUUAGCAUCCAUCAAAAAGGAACAGGAAACUGUAUUACUAGACUGAAUGUUACUUGUCUUUUUAAAAACUGUCAUUUUUACACAGAACCUUCUCCCUCCCCCAUUCGGGACAGUUUCUCCAUGGCAUGAUACAAACGGGCCCACUCCUUUCCAGUCCCCUUCCCCAGCCCCAUCCCCGUAAGGCUUUGUGCAUAUAAACCUGGACUCUAUUUACUUUCAUUCAGGGGAUAUUGGAUGGAUAAUGGUCAGUAGGAUUUAUAAAGAAAUAGGUUUUGAGAAGUUUUAGAUUAUUUUAAAAAACCUACUUGGAAAUAAUUAAGAGUAUAUAAUAAAACAACUAGAAUAUAAUUUGGUAAGCUAAAAUUAUGACUGUCCCUGGGUAAUAAGUCUUCCUUCUCAAAGAAACAAAGUCGGAAAAUACAGCAUGCUUCUUAGAGAUAAAGCUGGGCUCUGCUAUGCAAAUCUAGAAGGUGUGGGGAAACUUGAAACCCAAGAAAAUGUUUUUACUAUUUGCCCUCUAGGUGUCUGAUUUCAGAGUGUAUCCUUUUGAGAUUAUGUCCAGUUAAGGAAAAUCACUAGUUAAGAAAUCAACAAAAUGCAAAAGAGUAAUAAUGUGAUGGCAAUCUUCAUUUUUGGAUCAAACCUGACAGGCUGUGAGUUUGUGUGUGAGCGGACACAUGGAUACUUGCUACAAACAGGAGAAUUGACGCACAUGCCUUACCCGAUGCUGGCCUCUUUCCAAGAUGAGCAGGAAGAUGCUGGGGUUUGGUUUCUGACAAGCUUGUUUUAAAAUCAGAUCUGAAAGCACGCUUCUAUAGAAUGUCUUUCCUAACAGCUAGUGACAUGCCAUUUCCUAGCAGUUGCCAGUGGUGAGCAUGUGUCAGCGCCAGCCAGCUGCCUGUAAAGUCAGUGUGUGUAUGUGCUGCAAGGAAAGGACUGUAGAAAUAUGCAUCUUACAAGGGAAGUUGUGAGCAGAAAGUGUAACUAAUGAGUGCAAAAGUUGAUGCUGUCUGGCUUGGUGGUGCCCAUCUGUGACCCCAGCUCUAGGGGAGGGGGUGGGGGGAGGACCAAAGGCAGGAGAAUUGGGAAUUUGAGGCCAGCCUGGGCUACAUAGAGAGACCUUGCUUUAAAAAAAAUAAAUAAAUAAAAUGCAGUGCCAUAGUUCACUGGUGACAUCUACUAAAGCAUCAAAAAGUAACAAAUAGAAAUCAGGAUGACAAAAAAAAUCUAAUUUCUUCUUGGAGGAAAAAAAAAAACAAAAACACCAAUUGAUUUUAAUAUGUAUUCUCCAAUUUUUGUUAACACCUGAAUUUUUCCCCACUGGCCUAACAGCAUUAAAAGUUGUCCAUUAAUCUUCCCUUGGGCCAAUAAGAAAAUGGUCUCACAGGAUGCAACAGGAGCCAGAAGUGAGGGCUAAGGGGUGAGGGGUGGGGAUAGUGCAUAGCUAUACCGUAUGUGUAUGUUAGAAACUGAAUAUCCCAUCACCCUCUUAUAUGUAUAGCUGAGUUCUCAGAUUUGUAAGUUUUUAUACAUCCUUUCAUUGAAUAAACAUUUAAUUAAAUGGG